AUGUCUCCACCACUGUUGGGUGGUGAGGAGGAAGGACAGAGCAAUGGAUCUAUGGUAGCUUCUUCACGCUCUAUGGACUGUAUCUCCCAUAAUGGGUCUGGACUGAAAGAACGCAACUACCUUGGGUUGUCAGAUUGUUCUUCAGUUGACAGCUCCACAGUUUCGAGCUUGUCAGAAGAGAAGAAGAACAAGCUGAAUUUUCAGGCCACAGAGUUGAGGCUUGGUCUUCCUGGAUCCCAAUCACCAGAACGGGUACCAGAUCUUUGCUUGCUGAGCUCAGGAAAACUUGACGAGAAGCCACUGUUUCCUUUGCUUCCGUCAAAAGAUGGAAUCUGCUCCUCAUCACAGAAGAAUGUUGUUUCAGGCAACAAAAGGGGCUUUGCUGACACCAUGGAUGGAUUCUCAGAUGUUAAAAGUUCUGUUUAUACUGAAGGAAAUUGGAUGUUUCAUGCAGCUGGUUCUGAUUCUGAAGCUCCAGAAUCUGUUGGACAAGGGAAGUUUCCUGUGAAUUCAAUCAAUGUAAUGCUAUCAUCCAGGCCUUCUGGGACUCAGCCAACCAUGACAAAAGAGGAGCUCACUAAAGUUUUACAAGAACAGUCUCAUCCUACGAAUGGAGCCAGCCGUAACCCUUUGGGUGCUUCUAACAACAGUAGUGCCCCGGCUGCUAAGGCACAAGUUGUUGGGUGGCCUCCAAUUAGAUCAUUUAGGAAAAAUUCUUUAGCCACCACCUCAAAGAACAAUGACGAAGUUAAUGGAAAACCUGGUCCUGGUGGUCUUUUUGUCAAGGUCAGCAUGGAUGGUGCUCCCUACUUGAGGAAGGUAGAUCUGAGAACCUACUCUACAUAUCAAGAGCUGUCUUCUGCUCUCGAAAAGAUGUUCAGCUGUUUUACCAUAGGGCAAUAUGGAUCCCAUGGAGCUCCGGGAAGGGAAAGACUGAGUGAGAGUAAGCUGAGAGAUCUUCUUCAUGGAUCAGAAUAUGUGCUUACGUAUGAGGAUAAGGAUGGUGACUGGAUGCUUGUUGGGGAUGUCCCAUGGGAGAUGUUUAUUGAUUCAUGCAAGAGGUUGAAGAUAAUGAAGGGCUCCGAUGCCAUUGGCUUAGCUCCUAGAGCCAUGGAGAAAUCCAAAAACAGGAACUAG